AUGUCAAGUGUUGGUGAUGAAUCAUUAAGCUUUGAAAAUAAGAAGCCAUCUUCUAUUGGUGUAAGUCAUUUCAUUAUAUUCUAGUCUAUAAUACUAAUUGUAUUAACCUUAGCAGGCAUAGCAGGAUUUACAGCUUAUGCUAUUAUAAGUUCAGAAGAUUCUAAUUCUAUAUUGUUAGAAACAGUAUACAAUUAGAAUGUAGUCCUUGAUACUUAUUGGAAUGAGAAAUUCAAUAACACAUUAGCAAAAAGAGUUCGUGUAAAGGUAAGAAUGGAUUCAGAUAAUGAACUUACUGUAAAGAUUGGAAAUGCUGAUGAACCUGGAUUUGAACUUCCAGAAGACUCUGAAUACUUUCCAAGAGACUCAAAUUCUAAGGAUACAAAGGAUGGUAAGAAGAGUUACAGGGUUGAUUUAAAAUAAAAUGGAUCAUUUACAAUAUUUAGAGUAUAAGAUGGAAAAGAUAUAGAUACAAUAUUUGAUUCAGUAGGACAUCAAUUGAUAGUGGCUUAAGAUUAUACUUAAUUUGCAACAACACUCAAUAGUAAAUACUUAUAUGGUAUGGGACAAAGGAGAAAGGAAUUACGUUACAAAGGAUCAGGUAAUUACACUACAUGGCCCAAAGAUUAAUUUGGAACAAAUGAUUAUGGAACACCAGGUAAUCAAUUAUAUGGAUAUCAUCCUAUGUGGUUAACUUAUGAGAAAUCCUAAAAUUAUCAUGUUGGAUUAUUGAAGAGCACAUCUGCAUUGUUAACAUAAAUAGAUGAAGCAUAAAGAAUGGUUUUUCAUGUUGUAGGUGGAAACAUAGUUCUUAAAUUUUUCAUAGGAUAAGGUGAACCUGAAAAAGUUAUAAAAAGUUAUCAUAGAUACAUAAAUGGAUUUGGAUUACAUCCAUUUUGGGCAUAAGGUUAUCAUCAAUGUCGUUGGGGUUAUAAAUCUACUGCAUAAAUGAUAAAAGUCUUAGAAGAAAUGGCAAAAAUAAAUCAUCCUGUAGAAUCUUUAUGGAAUGAUUUAGAUUAUAUGACUAAUUAUUAAGUUUUUACAUUGGAUACUAAAAAUUUCAAAGUAGAUGAAAUGAAACAGAUAGUUGAUAGAUCAACUCCUUAAGGUGUUCAUUGGGUUCCUUUAGUUGAUAUUGGUAUUGCUACUUAAACAAAAGCAGAAGAAAUAGGAAAUGAAUUUGAUAUCUUCCUUAAAUCUUCAGUUUAUAAUAAAGAAUCAAAACCAUCUAAUUUAGAAGGAUGUGUUUGGCCUGGAGCUGUAGUAUUCCCAGAUUUUAAUAAUCCAAAAACAUAAACAUAUUGGACAAAUUGUUCAGAAUUAAUGAGAGAAUAAGGAAUGAAUCCAUCAGGUUGGUGGAUUGAUAUGAAUGAAAUGGCUUCAUUUAUACCAGGAGAAAGAGAUACAUCUAAAGAUGAAGCAUGUUAUGGUGCAAAUCCUCCUAGUCCUCCCCCUGUCAAACCAGAAAUUGAUGAUAGACUUUGGUUUCCAGUACUUGUUACUGGUUUCUAACCAUUAGCUCAUAAAACUGUUAGUUUGAAUGCAGUACAUUAUGGUAAAGAAGAUGGAGUUCUUUUAAAAACUCCUGUUAAAGAAUAAUAUUUCCAUUCAUUAAAUAAUCUUGCAGAAUAGAUUGCUACUCAUAAGACCUUAUAGAAAUUUACAAAUAAAACAUUGACAUUCUCACUUACUCGUGGCUCUAUUUAUGGUUCAGGAAGAUACACAGCUUUAUGGACAGGAGAUAAUAUAGCUGAUUGGGAAUUUUUGAGAUUAGGUGUAUCUGAAUUAUUAUCUUUCUAAUUUUAUGGUAUUCCCUUAGUUGGUAAUGAUUUAUGUGGAUUUGCUGGUAAUACUAAUCCUGAAUUAUGUGCUCGUUGGUUAGCUUUAGGUGCUUGGGAGCCAUUUGCUCGUAAUCAUAAUGAUAAUGAAAGUAUUUCUCAAGAACCAUAUGCUUUUACAUAAGAAUAUGUUAAGAGUGCUUCAGUUGCAGCUUUUUAAAAUCGAUAUUCUCUUCUUAAAUGGAUGUAUUCAUUGUUUGUCAGUUCAUUUGAACCAGAUUUAGGAGCAGGAACAGGUACUAUUAUAUAACCCAUUUGGUGGAAUAAUCCCUAAGAUGAUUUUGCAUAUUAAUUUGAAGAUUCUGAAUUCCUUUUUGGUAAUACUUUCUUAGUUGCUCCUGUAUUAAGUAAAAGUUAAGAUCCAGCCUCUGAAAAAACAACUAUAAAUGUUUAUUUCCCUAAAGGUUCUUGGAUUAAUUGUGAAGAUUUUAAGACAAUUUAUACAUAUAAAGAAAAAGAAGUAUAAAAAUUUACAAGAGGUUUCAAUGAAUAAGCCUUAUCAUUUUAAAAAGAAGGGUAUUUUAUAUCUUCAAUAUUUUUAGAACUCUAGUAUUCAGAUAAGUUCCAUAAUAGAGAGCUAGAUUAUUAGAUUCUAAAUAUAGUAUAUAUGCCUUCCUCAAUUCUGAUGGAUUAGCUGUUGGUUAAAUUAUGACUCUAUCAAAUUUUGAUGAAAGUGAUGAUAAUAAGGUUGCAGCUAAAUGUUGGACUAAAGGUUCCAAUUGCAUAGCUAUAUACACUAUUAAAGCACUAGAUGAUAAUAAAUUUUAAAUAUCUAUCAAAGGAUAAGAUGCAUAAACUAUUUUUGAGACAAUAACAAUUCAAAAAGUUAUUAUUAAUAGUAAAGAUUAAAAACUUGAAUUCACUAUUAAUUAAGAAGUAACAAAAGCAGAGGAAUUCAUUAUACCAUUAGCUUAAAAUUUGAGAUUAUAAUAAUAAUGA